AUCUCUUGCUGUUUAUGGCUCUCUCUUAGCUUGUUAUCUAGUUAUCUAUCUAAUGCUAACAACAUGAAGCAGUGUUGAGAAAACACGAUUCCUGUUCAGAACAAACGUUCCAAGCUUGCCACAUAAUCGCAUUUUAUUGCCUGCCCCAAGACUGUAACUAACAAACGUUAUUCCCGCAUUUGAUAAAGCUAGAUAGCAUAACGUUACUGGCUUGACAAAUUCACAGCAAGCAACAGUGGUUCAACUCUACCAUUGAAGUCGUGAUGUCGAGGCAUCUCAAGGUCGGGGUUCGGUAUGAAAUACACACCUUCUACUGACGCGUUCAACACAACUGGGAACUCGGAAAAAAACGAGAUCAAAAUCAUGAAGACAGACUUCAGAACCACCUGCAAUUGGAAACGGACAUUUCUAAGAUACUUCAUUCUUGAUUCGGUGAAAAAAGUAUCGGCAAGAACAGGUUAGUUAUAAAAAUCUAUGGCGGUGGUUUGAAUGGGGCUUUCCUGUAACAGCCAAUAAUGGACACCACAAAUCUUUGGUUAUCACAUUAUCAGGCAUACAAUCUGUAGCUAGUGAACAACAUUACACCUGGGGUGCGUUCAGUACAACAGAACGAUAUUCAAAGUUUAAUUAAACAGAAACUGUUCUAUACAGAAGGACCAGGAGUUUAGCAAUUUCAAAUGACCACAUCUUGCCACAUCCACCAAAUGGGAGCAAAUGUACUUCAAAGGCUGUUAAAAAACGGUGCACACUGUUUGGGGGAAAUGUGUCAUUCAGUACUACAAACUGUCACGAAACGUAGCGUUAAAUCAAACUAAGGGCAGCCCAGGGGUGUAUUCAUUAGUCGGACACUAUUGCAAAACAUUUUGCACCAAAACAAGAUGAUUUGCAAUGGAAACCUAUUCUAUUCUAGAAAUGACCUGUGUGAUAUGACAAUGCUGAUAAGCUGUUGUACUUUCAAAUUAAUUGUGUAUUGAUUUAAUUGUUUUGUGUUACCUCUUUAACUAGUUGCCAUACAGAGAGAUUUGUGAUGUAGCUACCAGUUGGUGGGAGUUGGCAACAAUCAAACAAUGGAAGAUGAUUCCCCGACUCUGAAACCCAGGCGCAUCCAGAACCAGAAUGUGGUCCAUCGACUGGAGCGGCGGCGGAUCUUCUCUGGCCGGGCUGCAGCCCACUGGUACCGCGGGCGCUGCUUCCACCAGAACCUUUUCCCAAACUUCACUGUGGUAAAUGUAGAGAAGCCUCCUUGCUUCCUACGCAAGUUCUCCCCAGAUGGACGCUGCUUCAUAGCCUUCUCCUCUGACCAGACCUCCCUGGAGAUCUAUGAGUACCAGGGCUGCCAUGCAGCGGAGGAUCUGCUGCUGGGGCAGGAUGGAGAGACCCUGGCCAACAGCAAUGACCAGCGCUCCCUCAACAUCCGCGGCCGCCUCUUUGAGCGCUUCUUUUCCCUCCUGCACGUCACUAACGUGGCCUCCAAUGGAGAGCACCUGAACCGAGAGUGCAGCCUGUUCACUGAUGACUGUCGCUAUGUGAUCGUGGGCUCAGCGGUCUACGUGCCCGAGGAGCCCUCUCCACACUUCUUUGAGGUGUACCGCAACAACGAGUCUGUGACUCCCAACCCCCGCUCUCCUCUGGAAGACUACUCACUGCACGUCAUUGACCUGCACACUGGCAGGCUUUGUGACACCAGGUCCUUUAAGUGUGACAAGAUCAUCCUCUCGCACAACCAGGGACUCUACCUCUACCGUAACAUACUGGCUGUUCUUUCUGUUCAGCAGCAGACAAUCCAUGUCUUUCAGGUGACAUCAGAGGGGUUGUUUCUGGACGUGCGGACCAUUGGUCGUUUCUGCUACGAGGACGACCUCCUGACUCUGUCUGCGGUGUACACUGAGGCCCGGGCCGAGGGCCAGCCAGGCUUCUCCCGCCUCUACAAGGAGAAGACCAUCAACUCCCUGAAGCACAGACUACUGGUCUACCUGUGGAGACGGGCUGAGAAGGACGGCAGCGCCACCGCCAAGCGACGCUUCUUCCAGUUCUUUGACCAGCUGAGACAGCUGAGGAUGUGGAAGAUGCAGCUGCUGGAUGAGCACCACCUCUUCAUUAAAUACACCAGCGAGGAUGUGGUCACCCUGCGAGUCACUGACCCCUCCCAGCCCUCAUUCUUUGUGGUGUACAACAUGGUGUCGACAGAGGUGUUGGCGGUCUUUGAGAACACUUCUGACAAACUUCUGGAGCUGUUUGAGAACUUCUGUGACCUGUUUCGGAACGCUUCGCUCCACAGUGAAGCUGUUCAGUUCCCCUGCUCAGCCUCCAGCAACAACUUUGCACGGCAGGUUCAGAGAAGGUUCAAAGACACCAUAGUUAAUGCAAAGUAUGGCGGUCACACUGAGGCGGUGAGGAGGCUGCUGGGACAGCUGCCCAUUAGUGCUCAGUCCUACAGCAGCAGCCCCUACCUGGAUCUUUCCCUGUUCAGCUACGACGACAAGUGGGUGUCUGUGAUGGAACGGCCCAAAACAUGUGGAGACCACCCCAUCCGAUUUUAUGCUCGGGACUCUGGAUUGCUGAAGUUCAAGAUCCAGGCAGGCCUGCUGGGUCGGCCCAUUAACCAUGCUGUCCGGCGGCUGGUGGCCUUCACAUUCCACCCCUUUGAGCCGUUCGCCAUCUCAGUACAGAGGACCAACGCUGAGUAUGUGGUGAAUUUCCAUAUGCGGCACGUCUGCGUAUGAGAGGAAAGCAGUGGACUAGACCUGGAGAACUGUAGAGCAAACAGCAGCCAUUCUGCCUUUUCCUCUCCCCCUAGUGUGAGGAACAAAAUAAGACCGGACUGUGGGAGGAUCCAGUUGAAGUUGAAAUGGGGAGCGUGGGAUGAGGGGGUGGAUUCCUUUCAAGACCAAAUAUGUUUUGGUUUGCUCUCAAAAUCUGCUUUUCCAUAUCACUACAUACCUUUGUUUUUGGUCAAAUUUUAUUCUUACACAUGUAUUUUUAUUUUGUGUUUUAUUUCAAUAAGUGAUUUAAUCAUUGAUUGUGAUUCUUUAAGGUUAUUAUGAAUAUUUUGCUACAGUAAAAGCUAUUUUUCAUAAUAUGCUUUGUGGAGUGGACCUAGUUAUUAGCCUGAUUGCCCCCUUGUAGCUCAGGGGCCUCAUUUAUAUAACCGUUCUACACUAAAUAUCUGCGUGCGGCAUUUCUGAAAAGGUUGCGCACGUACAAAAAUAUAUGUAUGGUUCCAGUUAGCUUUGGGACACCACAUUGUGAGACAGAGUCUUUAUAUUGGUUGCACUCCCUGAGUUGUGCAUCGUUCUGGUGGGUGGUGACGGAAAAUAAUAACACAAUUUAGCUGGCUUCACCAAAACAUUCUGUUUCCUGUAAAGAAAACCAUAUGUAUAGUCUCUAGAAACUCUACUUACCAGAAGUAAAGUGUAAAGAAAACCAUAUGUAUAGUCUCUAGAAACUCUACUUACCAGAAGUAAAGUGUAAAGAAAACCAUAUGUAUAGUCUCUAGAAACUCUACUUACCAGAAGUAAAGUGUAAAGAAAACCAUAUGUAUAGUCUCUAGAAACUCUACUUACCAGAAGUAAAGUGUAAAGAAAACCAUAUGUAUAGUCUCUAGAAACUCUACUUACCAGAAGUAAAGUGUAAAGAAAACCAUAUGUAUAGUCUCUAGAAACUCUACUUACCAGAAGUAAAGUGAAAUGUGUCACCCACUAUCAAAUAAACAUCUGAAUCCAACUUUUGUUCAAACCACACCAUAUUCCUGCUGUGUAAACAGUGUUAGAUUUUGUGGUAGGAAGUCUCGCAUGAAGGUCUAAUGGCAGUCCGCUGUCUAAUAUCGCAGGAAUAUGGUGCGGUUUGGACAAAAUUUGGAUCCUGACGUUUAUUUGACACAAUUCACUUUAGUAAAGUUCCUGGAGCUGGGUUCUCCAACCUAUUCUAACAUGAGAGCUACUUAAAUGUCAUGAGUUACUAUUUUUUUAUAGCAUUCAAAUAAGCACAUCUUCUCUUCUCUCCCCUGCAACUCUUCCCAGGUCCUUAGUGUACAAGAGAAAGUAGUGCAUGUUCUUUUGUCAAUAUACCUGGUAAAAUAAUGGUUAAUAAACUGAGUGGGGCCCUAUAAAAUAAUAUGUUUCCCCUCAAAUUCUGUUUUAUAUUUUCCCAAGUUGUUUUCUGAGUUUUAUUUUUCCUGGUUUUAGAUUGUUUUAAUGUACUCUCAAAAUUGCAAUUGUUUAUAGAGAAACAACGAAAUUUGAUAUUCUGAGUCAAUGUCAAUGAUUAAAUCACAUCUGAAGACCAUUUUUUUUAAGGUCUGGAAGUAAUUCUACUUUAAUUGUGCAUCUGGCCCUUUAAUUGCGCAUCUAGCAAAUGAGGAGUGUGCUGGUCUGGAAAUGGUGCUGUACUGCUGCUGCUCAUUUCAUGGCAAAGUUAGCAAAUAACACAUACAAAUGAUAUACAUACUCGUGAUAUACUUCUGCCAGGUAAGCCUAUUCUGCGGAUAACAUUUAAUUGGCGGUUUUGGGGAAAGUAUCAAUGUCAACCCACAAGGCGGUUAUCACAUCAACUGGCAACACACAGAGUGAUAGACAAACGCGCGCACCACACAGACAAGACAGGGCAAUAUUGCUGGAAAUGAAUUUGCCGAUAAGUUAGGUUGAGCUUUAUAUGCCAAUAGUCGCUAACCAGGGGUGGGAUAAUGUUGCGUUCAUUAGAUAGUAGCUGGGAACUUGGGGUGUCUGAUUUGUUUAUGACAGUAUGCAGUGGAACACUGAAAAUUGCGAGUACUUUCACAUGUUGUGCCAACCACCAGAACGAUGGACAUUUCAGGGAGUCCAACCAAGACUCCCGCUGUUGUGUCCCAAAGUUAGUUUCCAGUUAUAAAUCAAACCCCUUCGUAAACUGCGCGCGUGAACGAGCAUUAAAACGGCCUAUAAAACACCCACCUUUUUAUAGCGACAAUAACACCAUUAUUUGCUGUAUACUUUGGACGUUUUGGAAUUAGGCCAAAGUCGUUUCUAAAGGAAAUAGCAAUGGCUAACUUGAUCGAAUGUCUUUGGAGGUGAUGGCAGAAUGACACCUGCAGUGACAUUUGCAGUAGGCCUAGGCUAUCUGACAGACAAAACGUUUCUGAAAUACAAAAACAAUUGCAACUUGCUGUGGACCUGUACAUCGAUCGUUUGAAUGUAAUAGGGCCUAAUGUUGGCAUGUACUUUUUCUCGAACAUAUAUGCUGCACUGCCCGCGAAUGCUGAAACGUUGUCUACUUAGUGCUAGCCAUACACACUUCAACGAAACAUAUAAAUUGUCUGUUCACCUGUUAAAUUCUACUGUAUGCUAUAAUCCACGAUUCCUUUCUGAUGCAUGGGGCAAAAUACUUGAAAUAAUAGCCUAUCUAAUUGGCCCAAUUAUAAAACAGAUACAUAUGGUAAUUUGUUGAGGCAAUCGCUACAUCGGGAAUAUGCACCCAUAGCCAGAAAAGGUGAUGAAUUUAUUCUGCAAUGGUAUGGAAAUAAUAUGUAGGCUAUUAUGUUUAUAAAUGAAAUAUUGCCUACUCACGAAGUAUGAUAUUAGAGUAUUCAGACUUAAGCUAAGGAAGUAGCCUACCCACAGUCGUCUAUUCCACCGUUAAACAACUGCGCUCUGCAUACAGCAAAAUACUACUGUGAAGUGGGUCCAAUUAAACGAGAGAUGGGACGAAUGGUGUCCGAGAUGUAGGCAUAUAGGCUACCUCGUGAGUAUGAAACCAUCACAGAAAAGGUGAUGAAUUUAUUAUGCAAUGAUCAUGGGUUUAAAUAAAUUAUAGCCUAGCAAAUAGAGGCCUAUUUCUAAUUAUACUGAACAAGAAUAUAAACGCAACAUGCCAAAAUGUCAACGAUUAUACUGAAUUACAGUUCAUAGAAGGAAAUUAGUCAAAUGAAAUAAAUUCACCAGACCCGAAUAUAUGGAUUUCACAUGACUGGGCUGGUGUGCUGACAUGUGGUCUGCGGUUGUGAGGCCGUUUGGAGGUACUGCCAAAUUCUCUCAAAUGACGCUGGCUUAUGGUUGAGGAAUGAACAUUCAGUUCUCUGGCAACAGCUUUGGUGGACAUUCUGUAGUCAGCAUCCCAAUUGCACACUCCCUAAAAACUUGAGAUAUCUGUGGUAUUGUGUUGUGUGGCAGAACUGCACAUUUUAGAGUGGUCUUUUAUUGUCCUCAGCACAAGGUGCACCUGUGUAACAAUCAUGCAGUUUAAUCAGCUUCUUGAUAUGCCACACCGGUCAGUUGGAUGAAUUAUCUUGGCAAAGGAGAAAUGCCCACUAACGGGAAUGUAAACAAAUUUGUGUACAACAUUUGAGAGAAAUAAGCUUUUAGUUUGUAUGGAAAAUGUCUGGGAUCUUUUAUAUGGCUCAUGAAACGUGGAACCAACACUUUAAAUGUUGCGUUUAUCUUUUUGUUCAGUAUAUUUUAGAAUGCAAAAAUAAACUAACAGCAAAUGA